GGAACGGAGUGGAGAGGUCUGACAAGAUGUACCAGGUCCCACUGCCACUGGACCGGGAUGGGACCCUGGUCCGGCUCCGCCUCACCAUGGUGGCCCUGGUCACAGUCUGCUGUCCACUUGUCGCCUUCCUCUUCUGCAUCCUGUGGUCCCUGCUCUUCCACUUCAAGGAGACUACGGCUACACACUGUGGCACCACUUCCUACAGGAUGUUCUCCGCAGCCUCCCAGCCCUUGGACCCUGAUGGGACCAUCUUCCGGCUUCGCUUCACAGCCAUGCUCUGGUGGCUCAUCACUUUCCCCGUGUUCGGCUUCUUCUUCUGCAUCAUCUGGUCCCUGGUGUUCCACUUUGAGUACACGGUGGCCACUGACUGUGGGGUGCCCAAUUACCUGCCUUCGGUGAGCUCGGCCAUCGGUGGGGAGGUGCCCCAGCGCUACGUGUGGCGCUUCUGCAUCGGCCUGCACUCUGCACCACGCUUCUUGGUGGCCUUCGCCUACUGGAACCACUACCUCAGCUGCACCUCUCCAUGUCCUAGCUACCAACUGCUUUGCCGCCUCAACUUCAGCCUCAACAUCAUCGAGAACCUCGCACUGCUAUUGCUCACCUACGUCUCCUCUUCUGAGGACUUCACCAUCCAUGAAAAUGCUUUCAUUGUGUUCAUCGCAGCAUCCCUCAGUCACAUGCUCCUUACCUGCAUUAUCUGGCGGCUGACCAAGAAGCACACGGAUCAGAAGUCCUACAACUGGAAACAGCGGCUCUUCAUCAUCAACUUCAUCUCCUUCUUCACGGCGCUGGCUGUCUACUUUCGGCACAACAUGUAUUGUGAGGCUGGAGUGUACACCAUCUUUGCCAUCCUGGAGUAUACUGUUGUCUUAACCAACAUGGCAUUCCACAUGACAGCCUGGUGGGACUUCGGGAACAAGGAGCUUCUCAUUACUUCCCAGCCUGAGGAAAAGCGAUUCUAAACCCUUCUCUCCCGCUGAGGAGGGGCCCAUAGCCCAGAAACUAGAAAUGAGAUACCACUCUGGCCUUCCCCACCUCCUGUAUCCUUUCUGGGUUCUACUGAAGCUGGGGAAGAGGAGAAGGAGAAAGGGCACAGGACAUGGCUUUACCUAGCCUUACGGCAUCUCCUUUCCCCCACCCCAAGAGGCACAGAGACCUUCCAGCACCAUCACCCUUACCUGAGAGGCCCCAAGAAGCUGAGUUAGCAGGAGAGCUCCACCAUCUGGUGCUAAAAGUCUUGAGGUUCAUAACCACCAUCCGGUUCUUGGCCUUAACAUAGCCAUCUCAUUGAGGUCAGGGACCACCGAGCAGUGGCUGCCUCCUGAAAACCACAGCCAUUCUCUUGACGUGGUCAUUCAUUUGACUAAUGUGUCUAAUAAUCUAUUCUGCACAUCCAGGUCUACGGCCACAGUACCCUGCUAAGGCUGCCCAGAUGGUCUAUUCCUGACUUCAUCUCUGGUGAUGGGGGAUAGGCAGGCUGCAUGAUGCCCAAGGGCUCUGCCAGUCUGUGCUUCUGUCACCUUGUGGAGGUGGUAGCCUGUGGGCUGACCUGCCCCAGAAAAAGCAUUGGUACAGCAUAUUAUUUCCCUAUCCUUCUGAGGUCUCUGGCUUACAGACUCUUCCUCUUUGGCAAAAGUGGGGUGGUGGUGGGGGAUCAGGCACAGAUUCCUACCCCCAUCACCCUACUACCCCAGGCCCUGAGCUCUUUUGAUUGUACAUUUUGUUUCAAAGGGAAAUAAAUUUUUUUUUUUU